AUGGUUUAUAUCAUACCUUCAUUAAUUGAAGAGAAAAUUUCUCCUCGGGCAAAGGAAUUAAUUAAAAAAUUGGAUAAUUUUGUUGAGAAUGAAUGUGUUCCCGCAGAACCAAUUUUUCAUAAACAAAUUGACAAAGGAGAAGAUCGAUGGAAGACCGUUCCACCAAUAAUUGAAGAGCUAAAAAAGAAAGCUCGAUCAUUGGGACUCUGGAAUUUAUUUCUUUCUAAGAAUUAUCAUGAAGGUGCCGGAUUAACCAAUCUCGAAUAUGCUCUCAUGGCUGAAAUAACGGAUACUGGGAAUAUGGAAGUAUUUGCAAAAUAUGGAACGUUUGCACAAAAGUCAAAAUGGCUCACUCCAUUAUUAAAUGGAGAAAUUCGUUCGGGAUUUGCAAUGACCGAAAAGAAAGUUGCAUCAUCUGACGCGACAAAUAUCGAAACUUCAAUCUUACGCGUUGGUAAUGCAUAUGUUAUUAAUGGACAUAAAUGGUGGAUUUCUGGUGCUGGUGAUCCAAGAUGUGCCGUAUUUCUUGUUAUGGGAAAAUCCGAUCCGGGAAACGAAAACAAACAUAGGCAACAAAGUUUGAUUAUUGUUCCAAGAAAUACACCUGGAAUAAAUAUUAUUAGGCCACUUACAAUCUUCGGUUAUGAUGAUGCCCCCGAAGGGCAUUGUGAAAUCAUCUUCAAGGAUGUUAGGGUACCCGUUGAAAAUAUUAUCUUGGGUGAAGGAAGAGGCUUUGAAGUGAUUCAAGGGCGUUUGGGUCCCGGAAGAAUCCAUCAUUGUAUGAGGGCAAUUGGGGCUGCUGAACGAGGUCUUCAGUUAAUGAUUGAACGUGUUACAGAUCCUUCUCGUCGUACCUUUGGAAAACUUUUGGCAGAACAUGGAACUGUUGUUUCUGAUAUUGCAAAAUCACGUAUGAUCAUCGAUCAGGCUAGAUUUCUUGUUAUUAAUGCCGCGGAUAUGAUUGAUAAAGUAGGUGCAAAGCACGCUUUGAAAGAAAUUGGAAUGGCAAAGGCUAUAGUACCCUCUAUGUUGUUAAAAGUUCUUGAUCGUUCAAUACAAGCUCACGGUGCUGGUGGUGUAAGUGAAGAUUUCCCACUUGCUGCUAUGUAUGCUGGAGGACGUACAUUAAGAUUCGCAGAUGGUCCGGACGAAGUUCAUAUACAGCAAAUUGGAAAAUUGGAAUUGAGAAGAGCAAGAGAGAUCAAAAAGGCUAAUGAAAAAAGAUCAAAAUUGAAACCCAAAUUAUAA